UGGGGACUUCCCACAAGAAAUAGAUGGCAACACUGAAGCGCAUACAGCACCAGUAAGACUCGAGAACUUUGAUUCUCUAAAAUGACUGAAAUAUCUUCGUUUAUUAGGUACGAGAAGUGAGUUGCUCAUAAUCUUACAAUUUACCACGUUAUAUUGACAAUGAUAUUUAGACAUUACUCAAAUGUUGGUUGCAGUUUGGAAUAUUUUCAGUUUCUGUCGUAGAUGUGAGGGCGGUUUCUUUAGAAAGUUCGAAACCCGAGACGGCAACGGAGUCCAGAGUUAGGUGAAGAUUGUAGCCAUGUUGCUGCGAUCCUUGUUGCUGUGGAAGUGUGUGAGAGAAUGACUGAAUGCCCCGUCUGUUACAUCUGAGCCCUGUGUGGUCCCAAAUAAACAAAAGAUUGCUCCAACACCAGUGGCAGACAUUGACUUUUUCCAAGUCAGGCAGAAUGAGAGCAGCUCAGAACAGGGAGCCCAGUCUGUCCAUCACCUCGACUGUAGUCACAACAGUCUCUCAGUCUCUAGGGCCUUGAAGGUUGAAGCUAGUAUCAGUAGUCUUAUUGUGCUUUACAUCAGAUUUCAGCUUCUUUGUCUCACAGGGGAAGCUGUCUACAUUUGUAAAAGAUUCUUAGAAGCCAGUAAAUAAUGGAAAAGCCUGAGGAUUCUUCAAUUGAAACAUGGACUGAGUCUGUGGUGAGCAACUGGUUGAGGUCAAUAGGAAUUAAAGAAGCAUACAUUGAAAAACUUCACAAAGAGGAAGUAGAUGGUAAAAUCCUUCUUGAACUCUCAGAAGAAUUUUUGAAAAGAGAGACUGGAAUGAAAUCUGGGCCUGCACUUUUGAUAAUCAAAAAAAGAGAUGAUCUAGUUCAUUCACAAAAAGCUCAGAAAAACAAGAAACCUGUUCAUUCACACAAACAGACUACUGAAAAAAAUGACCACGGAGCAACUGCAGGUGAUGAUGACACAAUAACUGAUAUCAAGGAAGAUAUUAAAGAUUAUUUGGCUGUAAGAAAAACAAAGAGAGAUUCAAAACCACGACAUUUCGGUAAGGAAGGUGUUGAUUUUAUAUAUGUCAAAAACGAUGUACUCUUACCAGAAUCAGGGGUCAUUGAUCUCAUUAAUCCAUGUCAUGAGUACAAGUCAUUUGCCAUUGCUGCAGUAUUGGACCGCCAAAAACUACAGGCCAAGUUUAUGAAGGAAGUGUUGAAAUUUGCUACGGGGUGUAUGAACAUUCGUACAAAUGGCACAAUACAUUUUGGUAUCAUGGACAGUAGAGAAGAUAGAGAUGGCACUAAAUAUGCACAUGGUGAAAUCAUCGGUGUUCCAGUUGAGGAAAAGGACAUGUAUACUGAUGCAUUAGAUUACAUUGAAAAGAGUUUCAAAUCAGAUAAAGAACUUGUACGACAAUGUAUUCAUCCACCUCAGUUCAUUCAAGUAGUUUCUUCAAACAGCAACGUGGUGCACUAUGUGGUGGAGGUUGACGUUGAGCCCUCAGUGAGCAUAGUGAGGAAUAAGGUGUUCUCUGUUCGCCUACCAAACUUCAAUGUGGAGUCAAACAAAGUUCAACUUGAAAAGGAAACAAUUUAUCGCAGAGUGGGAUCUAAAACAGAACCGGUGGAUGACCUGAAUGAGUUCUACCAACAGGUCAGGUUCAGGGAUACUCGUAGAGAAGAGGCAGAAAGAAGUCAUACUUUUACAGUGCCAAAACUGUGCCAGGACCUGGGAAAAAAGCUCAUCAUGCUAAUGACAAGUGGAAAGAAAAUAAUGGACAAGGACAAAUGGCACAUACUUGUUACAAACAGAUUUCAGGUGAAGGAUCUACAGUGCAUUGAUUUUUUGCUGAACAUGAACAUUUUCUGUGUGUUUGACUUUGAUCCAGAUUCCAUGGUGUCUGGGUUAUGCCACAAAUACAAAAAGCACCAUGCAGUAAACCUCCACUUCCUGCAGAAUUACAAAAUUCCCAGUAGUAUGAGUAUAAGAGAUUUUGAAAGUCACUUGCAUUUGUUUGAUCAAACCGGCUGGAUAUUUUGCAAUGGACGAAGUGAUUUCAAAGGCAAUGAGCCUUCCUGUGAUGAGAAGACUUGGGUUAAAACAAAAAGAACCCUCCUAAAAGAUUGUGUAUCAAUGAUCUGCAAAGAUAUCUUACCCAAAGGAACCUUUCAAGUGAUCUUCCUUCUCACCUCCCCUGUUGACACACCUUUCCUAAACACUUUCUACGAAUUUGUCACUGACAUGCAAGGACAUGAAGACAUCAUCUGCCUUGCAGAAUCAGAAGCAAACUUUAUGAAAUGGCAGGCCUUUGCUCUACAAUCCUGUGACAUGGAAACAGUGAACAAUUACAGUGUUGUUGGUAUGACAAUAAGUCAUAUAAAUGCAACCCUUCAAAGUGUCCAGCCUGUCAGUACUCGGGCCACUAAAAGAUUACCAAUCUAUGUUAAAGGGGAGUGCUGCCUUGACCCAUGUGAGGAGGAAAUGAGACGUUCACUGGAGAUUUUGAGUGUCAACCACUGUGAAGAAACUAGUCCUGAAUUUGCUGACUCUGAACAAGACAAGAUCGAACAGCAGUUUUACCAUGGAGGCAAAAUAACCUGGCUAAACCUGUGGCUUGCAGACCAAAAAUAUGUUGGGGAGGUUAUUCAGAGAGAUGCCUUUCAUGACGUCAGCAAAUUUGUGAAAGAUUCUCCCAAAUGGGGUUUGGACCAGGCACCCAUCAGCUGCAUCAACAUAUACCAUCAUCCUGGCAGUGGUGGUAGUACAGUGGCCAGGCAGGUACUGUGGAACAACAGAAAGGACUUUAGGUCUGCAGUUGUGAAUCCUUCGUACCCAGCACCUGUUAUUGCGGAUGAUGCCAUUUGGCUUCGUGAAUAUGAAGAAAAAGAUCCCCAAAAAUGCCUCCCGGUGCUCCUGCUAUUUGAGGACUGUGAUCAAGAGUACUUAUACGAUGUAAAGAAUGAACUGGAAGUGGCUGUCAAUACCAAGAAAAUUGCACGUGGAACCCUGUGCUUCAUUAUGCUGUGCUGUCAACGAUGCCACAAUCCUGAGAAAAUGUGCAAGGAAGCACCUCUACAGAAUGUUGCUGUAACUCAUAAACUUUCAAAGCAAGAGAAAAUGAAAUUUUCAGCAAAACGUCAAAAGCUUGAGAAACAAUUCCAGCCAGAAUUUAUUCUGACAUUUGUCCUGAUGAGUGAGGAAUUUGAGGGCAACAAAAUUGCUGCAUACGUGAAAAAGUUUGUCACGCAUUUACUGCAAGGAAUUGAUCACGCAUCUGUUGUUACUCAGCUUGUGCGGUACGUGGCAUUACUCAACACUUACGUGCAUAACUCUUUUAUCUCUCGUUCACAUUGCGAAGAGGUGUUGGCACUGUCCAUCUAUGUGGAUAGGUUUCGACAACAUGCCUUUGAAACAUCUCUUAGUGAUCAGGCUAAACUGGUACUGAUACACUUGAGAGAUGAAAAGACCCAUAUUGAGUGUAUAAGAAUCAUUCACCCACUGGUUGCCAAGGAAAUCCUUCAACAACUUUUGGAUGACAAACAGCAACAAAGUGAUCUUGCUUUGGAACUUCUUAACAAUGAGGCACUUUUUGAGCACAGAUUUGGGAAAUACGAUUACAUGAAGUUCUUGCGAGAUCUGUUCAUGAGACGCUGCAAAAUCAUCAAAGGUGAUAAGCAUGACAGCUUAUUCUCCCCCCUCAUUGAGCAUGUGGCUGACAAAGAGUGUCCAGACAAAGCUAUUGAACUUCUUAAAGAGGCCUACAAAAGAUUCGACAAGGAUGCAUUUUUUGCUCAACAACUAGCUCGUCUCAAUUACAGGCAUGAAAGGUUUGAGGAAGCAGAGCAUUGGGCAGAAAUUGCAGCAACAAAAAUGCCAAAGAAUUCCUACAUCCUUGAUACCAGAGGCCAGGUGUACAGAUGGUGGUUCACAGCAAAAUGCAAAGCCAUGGAUGGUGUUAAGAAAACUCCUGAAAACACAGUAGAUGCGGUCAAAACUGCUCUAAAAGCUAUUGAAUGCUUCAAGGCAUGUGAGGAGGCUGCAAUUGCAGACAAUGAGACCAUGAACAACGCAGGUUUUUUUGGAGUUGUCGAAGUGGGAUGCAGCUUGCUGAAGCUGAUUUCCUCUCUUCAUGUGUUCUCAAACAGAAACGAUUCCAAAUGUGUAAGAUACCUGCAAACGGAUUUUGUUCCUGAUGAGAUUGAAAAACCAUGGGAACAGUUUCAUAUUGAGAUAAAAAACCUUCGAAGCAUAAUGCGUAAGGCAUUGGAAUGGAUUUCUGAAGACUUGAGCUACUUUCAGACUGACCUAGUCCCAGAUGAUGAGAAGACCUUUGAGAGGACCAUACUGAAUCCUAGGCACUGGCUGGUUAGUAAGUCUUCUGUUUAUGGACAAUACUUCUGCAAUGCUUCUCGUUGCGAUGUCCAAAGCCAUGCUAGCUUGACUCCUCUCAUGAAACAGAUGAUGAUUUAUCAUCAUGGUGGUGGAAACAUUACAACCAUUUUUUCCCAUCUAACAGACCAGAAAGACAGCGAGCCUGUUAGUCACCGCCUGGAGCGCAUUAUUUCAUUUUACCCAAGCAAUCCUAAGAGUGCAAAUAUGCCACAAGGUGACAUUGUCAAUUACAUAGCAUCACACUUUGCCUUAAGUUGUGUCUCAUCUCAAUCUUCUAAGUUAGCUGCAUUCCAGGAGUUACAGAAGCUGAGUCUCCAUUUUCCUAAAGACAGACAGAGAUGCUUGUCAAAUGCUCUUUUCUUACAUGUCUUACUUUGGUGGCCAGAAGAGCAUGACACUGAAGAGGAGAAAGAACACAAGUAUGAAACUGUUCUUUCUGCUGUUGAACAACUCCAGAGAAACUAUGACAAAAAAUUGAAGGACAUCCCACCAAGGAAAAAAAGAAUAUACACUCAUUUUUUCCUGAGCAAUGGGGUUGGAUUUCAAAAAUUUGUCCACAAGAGCAAGGUUGAACAGAUCACAAAGCACCCCUCUGUUUCAGAGAAACGUCUGAAGUGGUUAAGUGGAGAAGUGUGGAAAAUGCCAGAAAUGUCUAAACUGCUUAGACGUGUCACAGGCUGGACAGAGGAUGAAAGGGUAUAUCUAGAGGGUCCCAAAACAGGGUUUCGUAUCCAAGCUCUUAAUACAUCCUCAGUACCCCACAGCAAUGAGAAUGUCACCUUUUACCUGGGCUUCACUCUGAGAGGACCUGUUGCAUACAACAUUACAGUAAGAACAUAGUCAAAGCUACGAGUACACUGUAAUGAGAAUGAACAUAAUUACAAUUGUCAGGUGACCAAAAAAAAAAAAAAAAAAAAAAUCAUGCUUUGACUUUAAUAGCCCAGUAUCUUUCUUUGGGGAUUAGUGCUUGUACAAAUCACUUCAGAUCCAAGACAAAGACAAAGACAUUUAAGAUUGAACUGAAGAUUAAAAAGUACAGUCAUGUAUGGCUGAAGAGAAGUCAUUAUCAUUAUUGAUAUAAAAUCAAAUUUGUGAAAUGUUUUAUGUUGCUCUAUGUAGUGUAAUUGGUAACAUGCUAUAUUUUGGUGUUUUUUCAUUUACAGUUGUUUUUUUUUUUGUUUUUUUAUCUAUCACAGCUAGAGAUUAUUUAUUAAUUUUGUCAAAAUAAGUAGCGAAAAUAGUUGCUUUCAAAUAAUAUGUAGACUAUAAAUGUGAAAAUAUGGGAUUACAAAUUUUCAAGAAAUUGUUGCUUAUUAGGUGCAUGCAUACAUAUCUACUAAAUUGAGAUUGUCUUUCUCUGUAAAAUUAGAAAAGAUGUUUUCUGGAAACUGAUUGUGGAGAAAAUACAACCUACUAAGGUGGAAUGCAUAUCAGUUUCCAUUUUUAUAUUGUUUAAUGAGGUACCUUUUUUCCACAUUUAAUUUACAAGGAAUCGAAGCUGGUUGCAUGUUUAUGCUUUGUAUAAGAAUAAAGGCAUUUAUCAUUUAUAAUUCAAA